UUCCAGCUCCGGCGAAUCGUCUCCGUUCCAGCGCCGGCCCUGGCCCUGGCCCCCGGCCCCGGCCCCGGCCCCAGCGGUGGGUGAGUGGGAAGGCGGGGUGGGGAGAAGCGGGCGAUGCGAUGCAAGAGCGCAGGCAGGCGCUGGACUUCGCGCUGGGCGGCGCGGCGGCGGCCGGAGCCUGCGUGCUGACCAACCCGCUGGAGGUGGUGAAGACUCGGAUGCAGCUGCAGGGCGAGCUCCGCGCCCGCGGCUCUUACCCCCGGCUCUACCGCAACGCCUUCCACGCCCUGGCGCUGAUCGGCCGGGAGGACGGGCUGCUGGGGCUGCAGAAGGGGCUGGCGGCCGCCAUCCUCUACCAGGCGCUGAUGAACGGGGUCCGGCUGGGCGCCUACUCGCAGCUGGAGGCGCUGGGCUUCACCCGGGAGCAGGGCGGCAGGGUCAGCACCGCCUGCAGCAUCGCGGCCGGGGCGGCCGCUGGAGCCAUGGGCGCUGUGGUCGGCAGCCCGGCCUAUCUGGUAAAGACACACCUACAAGCCCAGUCAGCAGCUGUCAUUGCUGUGGGACACCAACAUAACCAUCAGGGAGUCAUCACUGCCUUCUUGACAAUCUACAGACAACAAGGGAUUCUGGGUCUGUGGCGAGGGGUCACUGGUGCUGUUCCUAGGGUGAUGGUUGGAUCUGCGGCGCAGCUCGCUACAUUUGACUCUGCCAAGCAAUUAGUUAAGGACCAGCAGUGGUUCAGCAAUGACAGCUGGUUGGUCGGUUUGACUGGAGGAAUGAUGAGCAGUGUUGCUGUGGUGAUCACCAUGACUCCUUUUGAUGUCAUCAGUACGCGACUCUACAACCAACCAGUAGAUGAGGUUGGCAAGGGGAAGCUUUACAAAGGAUUCUGGGAUUGUUUGCUGAAGGUCUCAUGUAAGGAGGGCAUCCUGGGUCUGUACAAGGGAAUUGGACCUGCCUACUUCCGCUUGGGCCCACACACGGUUUUCAGCCUGCUAUUCUGGGACGAACUCAAGAAACUAGCCUACCCUGACUACCAAGAGAAAAUCUGAGUCACCCACGACAGAUACUGAGUGGUAUGUAAUGCGGUGAAACCUCCAAUAGAAACAGAGGGGGGCGAAUGGUCACCACCAACUUUGGGCCAAAGGAGUUGGCAAAACCUGCCUGUUGAGUCUCUGAUGAUGACCAAGAAGAGGGUGUUUCUGCCCAAAGGUUAGAAAGAGAGUCCGUUUUUCCUCAAAGUACACUGGAGCAGUGUGAGUGCAAUCCCACUCCGUUCUACUCAUCUUCCUCACACUUCAACUGCCUCAUCAACUAUUUGGUGGAGUGAGUGAUUGCUACAGACAGUUAUGAAACUCAGUGAUGGCCCUAUGCCCAAGACACCAUUUGCACCCUGUGGUGAUAAGGAAGCUUUGGUAACAGCAAUGGUGGGCCAAUUGGAAGAACAUUAUCACAUGGAUAGACUAGUCCAUACACUGGUCUUGGAGCAACAUCAGAAAUAAAUUAGGAAUUAAUUCGUAAAACAUCACCUUAUGUUUAUCUGUCGACCUGUACCUUUCUGUCCCACCAUUCAGAUCCACGUUGAAGUCUGGCUCUGGGCUUCUUGUCUUCACCCACCACUCCCCACCUGCUGCUUGGCACAGAUCCAUCUUUCUCUAACUGUGCAGUCUUAGCUUCCAUAUUUUAUAAUUCCAUUGUAAAAUUAGUGCAAGUGUUGCCACAUCUCUUUUCCUUGUUCCUUGUCUCCUUUGAAUACACAGCCCACCUUUCAGCUUUUCACUACCCUAGCACACUGCUUAGCUGUCUGGCUUUAUAAAAAUGUUUUCAUUUGUUUGCGUUCAUCAAUUUGUGGGAUGUUAGUGCUGGCAUCAAACACUCCUGGGUCAUAUCCCUCUGCACUGCCCCCCCCCCAACAUAGCCAGGUGAUCAAAAGCACAGAUUAGGUGCAGAGUAAAGGUCUCUGUAAGACAUUAGCAUCACAGGUUGAAUGUAGAGUAAAGCUCCAGACACAUCCUGACACUUUCCAAAUUCAGAAAAACACUGUUGUGGAAUUCUCACAUUUCUUACACUUUCUACCUGUCGCUUCUCUUAAUGGGGUGGCCAAGUUGGUGUUGAAUUAGGGAUGGUUUUGUUCUGUGGACCCAAUCCCACCAAGAUUGCUCCCAUCAUAUUUCAUGGGAGGACCCAUGUAACAGUCUGAGACUGGUUGUGAACAGCAGCCUCAAUGUGUGUUGCACAAGUGGGACCUAGAACAGAAACCCUAAAUCAAGUUUUGUACAUUUUUUUUUACAUUCAACACUUAACUGUAAUGAACUAGAAUUCAAUUUGAGGCUAAAAGCACGGAGACUUUACCUAAUUUGAGAAUGAGUGAGGAAAAUACAUAAGAUAUACAACUGUCAACAUCUAGAGCUCAUGCUCUUCACAGUCCUGGGAUCUGACCCUGUGGUAACUUCUGGUUUUUGGUUUAUGACUCAAAUGUACCAUUAGAAGGAUCCAUGGUUAGCAAUGACUUUGAGCUCUGAACCAUGAACAAUCUUUGAGUUAAAGCAUCGGUCAUUUGCUGAAGUUGAGAGACCUACAGCUGCAAUGUUAGACCAUGGGGCUCCUGCCUCACAGUAAUGAUGUAUUUCAAUGAGUUGGACCAAAACUGUAUCGAACUAAACGAACGGAAUGGAAUCUCCAAUAGAAGUACAAUGAUACCAAGCCUGCUGUUUCAAACCAUGUAUUGAUUGUGCCUGUAAGGGAAAAAAACAGUUAAUUUGAAUUGUGUACUAGCAUCUAAAUGGUUUAAUUUCCUAGCAAAAGUGCCUUUUAUUGUGAUCUAUUUAAACUAGCACUUAAUCUUGUCACACCUGGAUAAGGUGAAAACUGCCCAUCACGAUGCCUAAAUGAUCACUCUAAGCCUGCCAACACUGUAUAACUGCCUGCACUGUGGAUCACUAACCCUGCUUUCAUUAGGGAUCGCUUUGAUCCCUGGAGAUCACUCUGACCCUUUGUGCCUUCCAUUGUGUUUCUGUAACACUGCAAAAAAAAAAGCAAAUUAAAUAAAUUAAGAGUUGUGAA